UUAGUUUUAGAAAAUAACAGAAAAGCCUCACAGCUCAAAAAUGUUGAAAAGACAGAUGGUAAAGAAAGAGGAUCCUCUAUCUGGGUGAAUAUUGACUUUAUUGAGAUGAAGAAGUUUAUUGGCUUAUUACUUUUAAUGGGCAUUGUUCACAAACCCUGUUAUCUAGACUAUUGGAGUAAAGAUACUCUAUUAUCUACUCUCAGCUGUCAUGAGCCGCAACCCCUUUUUGAAAAUGAGCCUCCACAUACGGCUGCUGAAAGAGACAGAUUAUAUGAAAUUAGACCUUCGUUGACUCAUUUCAAUACAGUGUUCCAGCAAGCUUUCUGCCCUAAUAGGGAUAUUUGCAUUGAUGAAUCUUUGCUGCUGUGGAAGGGCAGAUUAGUUUUCAAACAGUAUAUACCCCUCAAAAGGGCUAAGUUUGGAAUAAAGAUUUUUUGUUUGUGUGAUAAGUUCGGCUAUCUGUAUCGCUUUCGUGUGUACACUGGAAAGCAGGACCCACUUUACAACAUAGACAACUAUGUCUCAGAGGAGUGUCAACAACUGUCAAUGACUUCUAAGGUAACCCUGGAGCUUCUGGCUCCAUUUCUAAACCAAGGCUACCACCUUUACAUUGACAACUGGUACAACUCUGUACCUCUCAUCAGGUUUCUUUUACAAAAACAAAUCCUAUGUACAGGUACAACUCAUAGCAAUAGAGUCCCUAAGGAGCUUACAUCCAUCCCAGCAAAGAAAGGGGAAACAGUUUCAAUCAUAUCGGGGCAGUUACUCGCCGAAAAGUUCUUGGACAAAAAGACUGUCUAUAUGAUAAGUUUUUUUUCAGCAGAGACUGCAAAGAAAAUGCACAGAGGUUAAAUCGAAAUUGAUUUGCCAGUUUCAGUUCAACAUUACAACCAAGGAAUGGGUGGUGUUGACAGACUGGACCAGGCCCUGGAACCAAUCAGUGCAGCAAGACAAACACGUCAGUGGUAUGUCAAGCUAGGUGUACAUCUCAUUCAACUAGCCAUUUUAAACGCUCACCACCUUAACAAGCAAUUUGGUAACCAAAAGACCUUCCUUCAGUUU